CAGCGGGCCCUUGCAGUUAUUUCCAAAAGAGAGUGCUCAGUCGCAGGAUCUUACUCCGACAGUGUUGGAUCAAGCCCCUCCAAAGGAUUCCCAGCAGAACCCACGCUCAGCCAAUCUCUCGUCGGAGUCGCUGGUAGGAAGGCUCAGCAGGAGCUGUGAGGUUUGUAGCGGAGGAUCAUGUACCCCAGCCUGGCCCUCACUGCCAACCAUGCCCAGCCGGCCUACUCCCAUGACACCCCAAACUUCCUGCACUCCACGGGCAGCCCCCCGGUCUAUGUGCCCACCAGCAGGAUGCCAGCCAUGCUCCAGUCUCUGCCCUACCUUCAGACCUGCGACACUGCCCACCAGGGACACCAUCUGGCCAACCACCCAGGAUGGGCACAGACUGCCAACGAGAGCCACGCGUUCAAUGCCAGUAGCCCCCACACACCCAGCGGAUUCUCUUACUCGCACAGCCCCCCAGUGGGCAACAGCAGUGCCAGGGACGGUGGCUACCAGAGUCCCCUGAUCAUGGGUGGCAGUGCCAGGGACCAGUAUGGAAAUACACUGGUGAGAACUGGCUCUUACCCCAGCCCUUACUCCUAUGUGGGCGCGGAUAUGCCCCCUUCUUGGGCAACUGGACACUUUGAGGGGAGCAUGUUGCACAGUCUGCAGGGGAGACAGCCCUUACCGGGGAGGAUAUCCAGCUUGGAGUUCCUAGAAGAGUUUCAUGGAGAGGGAAGAGAAUGUGUGAACUGCGGGGCUAUGUCGACCCCUCUGUGGAGAAGAGAUGGAACAGGCCAUUACCUGUGCAAUGCCUGCGGGCUGUACCAUAAAAUGAACGGCAUCAACAGACCACUAAUCAAGCCACAGAAAAGACUGUCUUCCUCCCGGAGAGCUGGCCUUUGCUGUACAAACUGUCACACCAGCACCACAACCCUCUGGAGGCGCAACUCAGAAGGAGAGCCGGUGUGUAACGCGUGUGGAUUGUACAUGAAACUACACGGGGUUCCUCGUCCUCUGGCCAUGAAGAAAGAAAGUAUUCAGACCCGAAAAAGAAAGCCCAAAAAUAUCGGCAAAGGAAAGACUUCCACAGGCUCCUCAACAUCGGCCAACAACUCCCCGUCUUCAGUUACAAAUACCGACCCCACGCCUGUGUUAAAAACCGAACCCAACAUCACAUCCCACUAUCCAGGGCAGGCUAUCGUACCAGUCUCCCAGGGCCAGAGUCAAACAGAUGAUCUGGUCAACGGGUCCCACGAGCUAAAAUACAUCCCCGAGGAAUACACUUACAGUCCCAGCGCUCUCAGCCAGCAAUCAGUCCCCCUACGCCAGGAAUCAUGGUGCGCUCUGGCACUUGCCUAAAUCUCAACUCGACCAGAGCGCACGGCGGUGUUUUAGCUGCUCCUGGGAGAGAAGACUGGUGAGAGAAGACUGGGGAGAGAAGACUGGGGAGAGAAGACUGGGAGAGAAGACUGGGAGAGAAGACUGGGAGAGAAGACUGCUCAAUGCCGUCACAUGGACACAAGGUAAAAUCAGCAGAGGAAAUGGAUCCGUUGCUGUAAUUGUGAGCUGAGAAGCCGCUGAAAGACAAUGACUUUCUCUCUCUCUUAUUAAAUAAGUGGGAUCUCUUGGGUUUCUGACAAUCCUUCACCUCACUGGGGAACAGAAGGGAGCACAUUCUAUAGAAACGUCCUUCUAUCUUCCACUGAAGGCCCCAAGCUGACAAUCAAACCAGGGACAGUGAUUACAACAAACUCUUUCUUUUCAACAAAAACCAAUCGGCUCCAUCACCAAACGACAAUCAUGGAACUCGCUUUGUCUUUUCAGUGGAGCUGGACAAGCUGAUAAAGACUCAAGCUGGUCACAUACCAGUUUCAAUACAGGACACACUUUCUUUUUGUUUCUUUUUUUGUCACCCGAAAUUGCUUCGUUGGUCUGUGCAUUUGAGAGAGACAUAUAACCGUUCCUCGUGACAACUUGUCUGUAACAUGUUCCCCGUCUGACUACCUUUUUAGUGCAAUUUGUUUCACAUCUAAUAAAGAGUGAUCAUU